CCCGCGGCCUGUCCUGGCCGCGCGGUGCAUUGUGGGAGCGGCGCUAAGAUGGCGGCGGCCGCCGCUGGGCUGAGCUGGAGGCGGGUGUCUUCCUUCACGGGGCCGGUGCCGCGCUCCCGUCACGGGCACCGCGCGGUCGCCAUCCGCGAGCUGGUCAUCAUCUUCGGAGGCGGCAACGAGGGCAUCGCCGAUGAGCUGCACGUCUACAACACGGCUACAAAUCAGUGGUUCCUUCCUGCUGUAAGGGGAGAUAUUCCUCCAGGCUGUGCAGCGCAUGGAUUUGUUUGUGAUGGUACCAGAAUACUAGUCUUCGGAGGAAUGGUUGAAUAUGGAAGAUACAGUAACGAUUUAUAUGAAUUACAGGCAAGUCGAUGGCUCUGGAAGAAAGUAAAACCUCAAGCUCCUUCCACUGGAUCUCCACCUUGUCCUCGACUUGGCCACAGCUUUUCUUUGUAUGGUAACAAGUGCUACUUAUUUGGUGGCCUCGCAAAUGAAAGUGAGGAUUCAAACAAUAACGUUCCCAGAUAUUUAAAUGAUUUCUAUGAACUGGAGCUGCAGCACGGAUCUGGGGUUGUUGGCUGGAGUAUUCCUGUGACAAAAGGGAUCUUGCCAUCUCCCCGAGAAUCACACACGGCCAUUGUGUACUGCAGAAAAGAUUUGGGAGUUCCAAAGAUGUAUAUUUUUGGAGGGAUGUGUGGCUGUCGGCUUAAUGAUCUCUGGGAACUUGACAUAGAAACCAUGACCUGGUCAAGACCAGAAACUAAAGGGACAGUACCACUUCCUCGCAGUCUCCAUACGGCCAAUGUAAUAGGAAACAAAAUGUAUGUUUUUGGUGGAUGGGUUCCACAGUCAGCAGGAGGUGAAAUUUCUACUCAUGAUGGUGAAUGGAAAUGUACUGGUUCAUUUGCUUAUCUUAAUUUGGAUACCACAGAAUGGAUAGGCCUGAUCUCAGAUUGCCAGGAAGACAAAAGUAACUUGUUACCAGGGCCAAGAGCAGGACACUGUGCUGUAGCAGUUGGCACUCGUCUGUAUAUCUGGAGUGGUAGAGAUGGUUACAGAAAAGCUUGGAACAAUCAAGUUUGCUGCAAAGACCUUUGGUACCUUGAUACUGAGAAACCUCCAGCCCCCUCACAGGUCCAGCUGAUUAGAGCUACAACCAACUCUUUCCAAGUAAAAUGGGAUGAAGUACCCACUGUUGAAGGAUAUCUUCUUCAAUUACAUGCUGACUCACCGGUGCCAUCAGCAGCUGGAACACCUGGCACUGGGGUUCCUGAGACAUCAGUGCUGAGUUCACAAGGUGGCUCUUCUCUGCAUCAAAGUUCACAAUCAUUGCCUAGUGUCCCUUGCCCAGAAAUGAAGGUGGAUCAUCCCAGCCAAGCAAAUAAUGUCAUUCCUAAUAACGUCCAACUUUCCCUUUCAUCCAACUCACUCUUAAAAAUAGAAGGAAAAGAAAAGGUUGCAGCAUCCGAAAACAAGAUUACACAGGAGACAAUGAAAAACCAUGCAGAUGCAACAGCCUUCAAAGAAUCAAAUGCCCCUUCUCUUUUGCCUGUUUGUACUUCAAGUCCUCAGACUUCAGCAAAUGUAGGUGAAUUACAUGACUUGGACAAACGAACUGUAAUUCCUGAUGCUUCUGUAUCCAGUACUGUCUCCAGCACACAAACUAUGGUAACCCAGCAGGCUGUUAAAACUGAAUCAUCAAGUACAAAUGGGGCAGUUGUUAAAGAUGAAACUUCACUAACAACAUUCAAUUCAAAAUCUGAAGCUGCUGAAACUGCUUAUUUCAUGCCUUCAACAAAGGUCAAUACUGGACAGGCAAAUGAUUCACAUUCCUCUAGAACUCCACAAAGACAGAUGGCACCGGUGAAAUCAAGGGAAAGACAGUGGUAUGAUGUUGGAAUUUUUAAGAACAGCAGUGCUGUGGUGAGCCAGUUCUACUUGCUGCCAGAGGAAACUCUGAAUGCCUCUAACAAGAUGGAAGAUGCAGAUGUACCAGACUACAGGUUACUUAAGAAACAGGAUCUUUUUCCGGGCACAGUGUACAGGUUCAGAGUUGCUGCAAUUAAUGGCUGUGGUGUUGGGCCUUUCAGUAAAGUGAGUGAAUUCAAGACAUGCAUUCCAGGUUUUCCUGGAGCUCCUUCAACAGUCAAAAUCACUAAGAGUGUAGACUGCAUUCAUCUUUCUUGGGAGCCUCCUGCUUCACCUUCUGGCAAUAUUUUAGAAUAUUCUGCCUACUUAGCAAUACGUUCCACACAGUUGCAGGAAAACCCAAAUCAGCUUGUAUUUAUGAGAAUAUAUUGUGGUCUCAAGACAUCUUGUGUAGUGACUGCUGCCCAGCUUGCAAAUGCUCACGUCGAUUACACUUCCCGCCCUGCUAUAGUGUUCAGGAUUUCUGCAAAGAAUGAGAGAGGCUAUGGACCGGCCACACAAGUUCGAUGGCUUCAAGGUAAUGUCAGUGUCAGGUGCAGCAUGUGAAUGGGCCGUAGCUGUGGCAGAGCUGGUCAUGGCUCUAGAACCAACCCUUUGCCCAGCGCUGUGCUUUGCACAGCAGCGAAACAUAAUUUUGUUCUUUACAGAAGUUUUAAGAAAAUGCAGUUGUUCAAUUUAGCAUUGUAUUAAACACAAGCACAGGCAAGUAGUGAAUGUUGGUUAUGGAAGCUUACCUUGUCCCUCACAUAAUAAAAUCUUAGUAAGCUUCCUGAUUUCCCUGGUCUUAACUUCAGCUUAACAAAAUUUUAUUAUAAUAAGAAUCCAGUUCCAUGCAUGGAUGUAAUCAAGUUUUUUUUCAACCUUUUUCCCUUCUGUAUCAGAGUAUUUUUUCAUAAAGUGACAUAAGGUGCAUUUUUGUGAUUGAUACACUUCUUGAAGUCCGUAUUACAGUUAUUUAGAAUAGGCUUUAUCAUCUCAUUUCUGCACUUGAAUUUGUACGAGUUUAUGAUUAGUUGGGGAUGGGAAUGGACCAACUGGAAACUAAGCUUCAUUUUAAGCCUGUUCAGUUCCCUCAUGUCCAUCUGUGCAGCUGCAUAAAUGCUAGUGCCAGCACAAAGACACAAGUGACUGCUGAGAGAGGGACUGUGGCUCCUAAUGGCAGCAUAUAAUCUAGAAGCACAGGUGGGGUUUAAGUGAUUCUUCAGUCCCAGUUUCCAUUUUGUCAUCUAGGUAGUUCUUGGUUCCAUCAAUUGAUUGUAUUUUUUCAGUUUUGCAAAAUAACCUAUCACUUUCUGCCUUAGCUUUCUGCUAGCUGCAAGUUGACUUGGCUCAGCAGAAGGUGCUGUGAGCAUGGAGGGAGGUUGGGAAGGGAAGAACCAGGGGGGAGCUCUGGUUUGUAUCCCCUUCGUUUGCACUGAGCUAUUGCUUGGGGUUUAGCUGUCCUGCCAGUCCUUUUGCUGUGAUGUGCAGGGUGUAGCUGACAGUGUGCUAUUGGGUACCUCACUGUUUGUUUGGAACAUGUAAUUUCUGAGAUGGAGAGCAACAACAGAAUCAUAGAACGGCCUGGGCUGAAAAAGGACCACAGUGAUCAUCUAGUUUCAACACCCCUGCUAUGUGCAGGAUCACAAACCACCAGACCAGGCUGCCCAGAGCCACAUCCAGACUGGCCUUGAAGAAUUGUCUUGAGUUUAAUAUUCCAGGGCAGUGUUAACCUUUUAUGGGGCAAGGGUUUGGGCCAUGAUCUGCAUCCUAGAACUGUGCAGGAGUUGUUUUGAUGCUGUUUGACCUCACGCACUAUGUGAAAUGAUGAAAUAUCUAACAGUGUCUCCUUCUUUUUGCAGAUAUGAAAACAUCAAGCUCAAAGUAGAGGCAGCGUAACGCAUUUCAAGUUUUGAAUGUAGUGUUUAAUGUAACUCUUGUACUAUUUGUAAAUGCUACAAAUAUUUUAUUUUUGCAUUGUUUUUAUCUUAAAAGUAUAUAACCUUUUUUACGUUUGAAACAUCGGCGUUAUAUAGCCUUGCUCAGGUCUGAGUACCAGAUAGGAAUGAUGCUGAAGAUGCUGGGGUGGAGGACCAUACUCUAUCCGGCAGCUCUUUUUCAUAGUGAUAGUUAAAAUGUCAUUAAGUAUAUCAAUUUUCAAAUUAAAAAAAAUGAAUUGGCAGUGGUAUUUGAGGUAGAGUUCCCUGUGAUUGCCACAGAUCUUGCAUAGAUAAUUCAGGAAGAUUUAGUAUGUGAGAGAAUUCUGUUUGGUUUCAGUGUCCUACACCAAAUUCUUCGUUGUGGUGUCUGAGUACAAGGCAAAAUUUUCAGUUAUUAUAUAGUAACUUAAAACACAUAAAUAUUUUAAUAUAUACUUUUUUGUAAAAAAAAAAAAAAAAAAAAGGACAAAAACAAAAAUGAUUUUUCUACUCUUUGUAACAAAUAUAAUUCUGAAAGAUAUCCCCUGAAAAUUUAAAAGGAAAAAGAUAAACUCCGUCAUUUCUCUCAUUAGAAAAAAAUAAAGUGUAAAUUCAUUGUAAAUGCACUACUAAUAUUUAGAAUGGUCCUUUUGUAGUUGUACAAAUCUUCAGCUUGUAAAUACCAAUGUUUACAAGAGACCUUCCUGGUCUUGUAUGAAAACUUCCAUGAGAUUCAUUCUCUUUUUUUUUUUUUUAAACCCAUAUGCUUUGCUUUUAGCAUAUGCUUGCUUUUUGCACUAAUAAUAACUUACCUCAUUCCUGUGUUUGUAAUCACUUGUGUUGCUUCCAUCAUGUUUCUGUACAACUUCAAUCUGAAAAUUUUAACCAAAGUUUAGAAUACAUGGUAAGCAAUUUUGCACAUACUGUAUGGCAACUAUCAACAUAUUUAUUCCAGUUAAUCUUCUUAAGUGCUUGUUUGCUUUACCAGUAUAUUCUACCAAUCAAGUUCCGUAUCUCCUUUUACUAUGCAUCAUUUUACAUUAACUAGCUAGCUGAUAAGUUCAACAAGCAUUACUUCUAGGAAUAGGUUGAUCCAUUCCUACGCUAAAUGGGAAAAAAAAGUGUUCACAGUAGUGAAAUAAAGGUAAACAUUUUAAAUGCUAUUUAUGUAUCUAUAUAUAAACCUAUGUUUACCAAAGUGUAGAGGAAAAUGGCUGAGUCGGACAAGGUCAUUAGGUGAGUAGAUGGAGGCACCUAAAUGAGAUUUAUUUUAAAAUAAAAUCUAAAUUACUUACCUGUGCAAUGAAGUUUAUACUUUGCACUUUAAUUUUGCCCUGAAUGCCAAAAUAUUACACAUCAAGGUAGGAUUGCUUGCCUCUGCCAGUUAAAUUUGUCUUAAGAGCAUUUGUAAAUAAAAAUAAAAAAAAACAAAACAAAUGAUGUGCCUGGUUUGGUGGGAGAAGUAUCGCUGCGAUGUGAGAGGUGUAACAGCUCACAUGCAGAGCAGAUUUUAUAGCCAAGUUUGAGUUACCCUGCAAGUCAGGGUUGUAACAGAAGUGCUGAUACAGCCUUAAUUAUCACAACACAUCACAAGCUAUAAUAGCAUAUAAAAAGUGCUGGGGACCAUUAAUUGCUAUAGUAGUGUUAAUUGUGGCACAGGAGUAACGCGUGGUCUUUCUCCAGAGAAAAAUCCUGUGUUUAUAACAAUGGCAGAUAUCCCAGACUCACUUUUAACAGUGUUUAUAGUAUGAAUGUAUAGGAUUUUUCCAGACGUUAACUGGCUUUAAAAUACUUGUGUUUUAAUGAUCCAUUUCAUCAGGUAUGAUCUCACCACCAAUACUGUCUGAUAAUUAAAAUUUUACUGUACAUGAGCUGUUAACUAGAAAAAAUAUAACUUGGUUUUCCUUAUUAGUACUGUGAAAGAAGCCUUUAGAGAAAACACUUGUGGCUUUGGUUUUGUUGGUUGAUAGCUGUGAUCGUAGAGUUGUUAUUUAAGAAUAAAAUCUGUUGGGUUAUGUCUGGGUGGAGUUUUUUUUGCACUUGGUUUCACAUGCUUUGCACAAUUUGUUUUUCAGUGGGUGUGUCACAACUACCAAAGGGUACAACUGUGGCGUUUUCAAUGAAAGUAUGAUUUCCUUGUAAGUGUGCUUUCUCCAGCUGACUUGACAUGAAAUGUCACUUUCUCUUCUUUGUCCGAAUUGGGUGAUGUUGAAUAGUGAUCAUAUGCAAAUCCAAUUCCUUACAGUUUUACUUUCAAAUGCAAUUGUGGUACAUGCUGUAAAAUACACUUUGUGGUCUGUUUUUAGGAUUGUGUUUCUAACAUGUCUGAAUCCCACCUGUUUGCCUGUCAAGUAGAUACCAGGCAAAUACUGAUUGUUCAAUUUGAAAUUAAUUUAAAGAAGACUCUUGACGUCGACUCCUUGGGGAUCUGUGUUAUCCAUUUAUUUCACAAAUCAAUAAACAAGGUGUAAGAAGCUGAAAUCUGUCGGGUGGCAGUGCCCGUGUUGUAGGGAUCUCUAGGUUUACUCAAUUCAUGAGGGAUGUUGUGCAGGUAUGGCAGACGUCACUGCAACUUCACCGUUGGAAUAUUCUUGUGAAAGUGGGAAUAAAGUGAACGAGAACCUACACUUUGUGUUUUCAAAAUAAUUAUAGCAAUAUCUUUUGAAUGUAGUUUGGAGUAGAGCACACGAUCAUGCCAUAAACUCUGAAUAUAAAAUAAGUAUUACUGUUGUUAUCUGAUAUUUCAGGAUAGCGAAUUUGACGUGAACUUAGUCUUACAGCCUGUUACUUAAUGACCUCUACAAGGAAACUGACAUUUUGUACAAUUAAAGUUGAUUGGUCUUAUUUCAAAGCGUUGUUUGUUCUUUGUAAUAAAGUGGUUGUCCUAUCAAA